AUGGAUCGCACUAUUUCAAAUGAGUCCCUCGAGGCUGAGAAGAUUGCUCCAAGUCACAUCGAAAUUGCCCAAGAAAGUGAAACGAAGCAAAACAUACACCAAGAGCAAAACUUAACCGCAAGAGAGCAAUGGAGCAAACUCUGGUUGGCUAUCAAAGCCAACCGUCGCUUUUGCUGGUGGACCUUGUACACUAUGCUUCUUACGUUCGGUUAUGGCUAUGACUCAGGGCUCUCGGGAACCGCCAUUGCAUUUCCCGCCUUCCGUCAAUACUAUGGAAAUUAUUACACGGACGGCAAGGAAUGGGUUAUCCCCGCUUUAUGGCAGUCUCUUUGGAAUGCAGCAUCGACUAUUGGACAAGUGUUUGGCGGGUACGCUGCCGGUCAAUUUGCAGAUGUAAUAGGUCGCAAGAAGCUAUUGUUUACUGCCGUGAUUAUCUCUCUCUGCUCAUCCUUUGCAUUGGUUUUCGCACCCAGUCUGCCUGUUCUUUUCGUGUCGAAGCUUCUCCUUGGUCUCGCGGUUGGACUAUCAACGGUUCUUCCGCCGCUUUAUGUGACGGAGAAUGCACCGACCAAUUUGCGCAGUACGGCCUCAUCUCUCACUAACGUCAUUAUUGUUUUCGGAUACUUUUGUUCAUCGAUCACGGGCUAUGGAGCCUCUAGCAUCUCUGGAAACUGGUCUUUCCGGCUUGCUUUUCUCAUGACUUUCGUCAUUCCAGGCAUCUACCUCUGCGGUCUUCCUUUCCUUCCUGAAAGCCCGGUGUGGUAUAUGAAGAAAGGCCGUGAGGCUGACGCGCGCAAGGCCAUCCUUCGAUUAUAUGGACCUAAAUCUGAUGUUGAAGGCUACAUUCAAGCCAUCAAACUCGAGCUAAGACAACUUGAAAGCGAGGAGUCUGCGGGUGGACAGACAAGCUGGAAAAGCAUUUUCUCUAAAGAGCACCGAUCUCGCACCUUCGUCGCAGUUCUUGGUCUUCAAUCCCAGAAUUUCAGCGGUGGCUACUUCGCCAACACCUAUCAAACCUACUACUUCGAAUUAAUUGGCCAAACAAACUCCUUCCAACUGACAGCAAUCUCAUCUACCCUCCAACUGUUCUCCAAUGUCGUCGCCGUUUUCUUGUCUGAUGUAAUUCCCCGUCGCAAGGGUCUUAUUGGCGGUGGCACGUUUCUCAUGUUCUGGUCUGUUAUUAUUGCGGGCGUAUCAAUCGCGCCGACGUCUAAUACCUCGGCCAAUAUUGCGCUGCUCGCAUUCAUGAUAACCUGGUCGAUGCUCUAUACCGCGACUGUGGGAUGCUAUGGGUGGGCUGUGGCUCAGGAGACGGCUGCACAGGCCACGCGUCCGAAGACUAUUGCGUUUGUGCUUGUCUGCCAGCAGCUUACAGCACUGCUACUCUCUUCUGUCUUCCCCUAUUUCAUCAAUCCCAAUGAGUUGAACUGGGGUGGCAGAGUUAUGUUUUUGUUUGUUGGCGCGGAGCUCUUCAUUAUGGUUGGGCUUUAUUUCUUCCAGCCUGAGACGAAAAACAGGUCAUACCCGGAUAUUGAUGCGCUCUACGCUCAUGAAGUUCCUCCGCGCAAGUUUAAGGAAUUUAUCAUUGUGGAGGAUCAGGUUGUGAAGAAGCCAGAUACCAGCUACUUCCUUGAUUGGGUUCUGAGGAGAGAACAGAUGGACGUAUAA